ACCAGACAUAGACACAGACCGGACUGGACGUCUGCGUCCAUAUCCCAAAGAUGUGCAGACAUUUGGACAUUAUCUGCAGUGAUGUCAUAUGAACCGGCUGAGACCAGACAAAUCGUUCAUAUCCACCGCCAAAGAUGGGGUAGACUUUGGACAUAA